GGUGGAGAGAAGAACCUGAUGCCCUCUUUUGAUGUGUGAGUGGGUGGUGCUCUUUUCUCAUCAACUCUCUAUAUCUCUUCACUAUUCUUCUUUCCUUUCAAUCUUCUCUUCUCUAUACUCUCAUCUCCUCUCCAUCCAUCCAUUCAUCCAGCCACUACUACUAGUAAUACUAAUACUUUUUGGUUGAUUUUAAUGAAGAAAGGGUAAAUCUUGUUGUUGUUGUUGGUGGGGUUUUGUUGUGUUAACAGUAAGUAUUCAUAUUAUUUUUUGUGUAUGUGGAGAGGCCUUUAGGCUACUGUUAUGCUGAAGGCUAAGUAUAAUAAGGAGAUAAGACUAAGUAGUAGUCUUGGAAAAUAUAGCUACAGUAGCAGCAGCAGCAGUUCUUGUGACUGUUGGGAAGACAGCACAAGAAGAAGAAGAAGGGAGAAUUUUAUCAGCAGAUGUUAUCCAUUGAAAACAUUCCACCAGAUCCUUGUCAUAUCUCUCUACUGAAAAGUAGUAGUAGUGAUGAAAGGCCUUCUUCUGAUAACAAGCUAGUAGAUCUGUCCAACUCUGACCUUGAUGAUAACAACAACAACAAAUUCUCCAUAAGGGAUUAUGUUUUCAGAACUAGGAGAAAGGACAUCAAGACCAAUUGGCCAUUUUCUCAGAAAAAUUUGCAGCUUUGUUUGAGGCAUGGCGCGGCGAUUGAUUUGUUACCUCCUUUACAAUCUGAUAAGGGAUGUGCUGUAGAUAAUCCUUCGACUGACAAGGACAAUAUAGUCACUUCUGAGGAGAAACAUGUUGAGCUAGAUGAUGAUCCUGUGCCUACUAAUUCUAGCAGUGGUAGAAUAUGUAUGCCAAAACUAGCUGUGGAUUGUAGAAAUAUCAAUUCAAGUGGAUCUGAUAGAGAGAAGGUGUUUCGUUCAAUGAUAACUAGUCGGUCUUGUUCUGAGAUUGAUUCAGUUCCAACAGCUGAAAUAAGAAAACUGCGUUGCUCGGGAGCAGAAGCUGUUAACUUGCUGGAACCUCUGGUCAAGAAACCUCCCAUGUCGAACAAGAGUGGGAGUACAGUACAACAAUCAGCGAAAAAGUGCAGAUUAAUGGUCAAAUUUGGCAACGUCACAGAUCGGAACGUAGACGAGGCAGACACUACCACAAACAGUUUCAUGGUGUCUGAGGCAAUGGCUUCGAAAGUAUGUCCAGUUUGCAAGACUUUCACAUCCUCAUCAAACACCACGCUGAACGCUCAUAUCGAUCAAUGUCUCUCUGGGGAGUCAUCAACAGCCAAGUGGACAGCAAAUCCUAAGGUGAUCAAGCACAGGAUAAAGCCAAGAAAAACUAGAUUGAUGGUGGAUAUCUAUGUAACUGCUAAAAGCUGUACACUGGAGGAUCUUGAUAGGAGGAAUGGAACCAACUGGGCCUCAAACCCGACUUUAUCUGUUCGAGAGAUCACUGAGGUACCUGCUGUUGAGAAACUGGAAAAACCUCCUCCUGUGAACGUUGAAUGCACUGCUAAUGAAGGUUCUGUUUAUAUUGACGCCAAUGGCACGAAGCUUCGAAUUCUGUCCAAGUUCAAUGAUGAGCAGCUACCAUCAUCAAAGCCGGUUAUUGAUCCUCUCCAGAAAAAAAUGGUGGAUGGAGAUAAAAGAAGCAAAUUCAUUUUGACAAAGAAGAGAAAGAAACACCACAACCUUCUGAAAUCUGCUUCUCAUACUAAAAAGUUUUGCUUGUCCAAGCCAGAUCACUGUCCCAAGAUUAAGAGUGGUCAAGAGAGCACCUUUUCUCCAAGAGAAAAUGUUGACAAAGUGGAUUGCCUAAAUAAGCACCUCAGAUCUGCGGACCAGAUGCUAUCAAAUGGAUUGGCAACCAUAAAACAAUGGGCAUGUUCAAAGAGAACUGGCCUCACAAGGAAGAUCAGUGAUAAGGACAAUCAUCAGCUUUCUGGAGCUGAUAUGUCGACUGGCGUGCAAAGUGACAAUGAUGUGUUGCCUCAGACUGAUUCAGUUAAAAAGAGAAGCUGUCUUGUGAAAUCUCCAAGAUCAUCUGUUUGUUUGCCUGAGAGUAGCCAAAGAAUGGGGAAUAUGCUACUUGAUCAGCCUCAAGAAGAACGUAGCGAGGAACCGCCUUCUCUACACAAGAAAGUGGUGGACUUUUCAUCGUCUCAAUCUUCACUCCCAUCUAACAAGAAGAGAUCCCUAGUGUUACAAAGGUGCAAAGGAAAGCAUUUGAAGGUAGAUGGCCAUUCUGUAAACAAUCAUCCGAAAAUGACAAUAGAUCAUGCACUUUCUGUGAAAAAUGUGAGAGUUGGAAGAAACACAGAUAACUCUGAGAUCAACUGUGAACAGUCCACCCCACAUCCAUCGUUCUCCUCAAAGGCGAGGAAGUUGUCAUCAUUGAGAAAGAACCUUUCGUCCAUCAGUGAAGGGCCUGCUCGUGGUGUUAAAUAUAAUUUAAAGUGGAAAACAGCUUCCUUUAAGAAGUCUAGUUGGAGCUCCAGCUCAGAAUCGGAAGAAGCUGAAGUUUUCCAGACUGAAGGAGAGAAACUUUGUUUAAGAGGAAAUCUCAGUGAAACAAAAAUCCAAGGAAGCAAGAAUUGUGAUAGGGUAAAUGUUAAAAGAUCUGAAGUUUUAAGCAUCAGGAAAAAUAGAGAGGGAAUUAUGGCCUCUAAUGUGGAAGGCACUCUGGGCUUGAAGAGCUCACAAUCCGCUUUGACCCAUUCUGAUAAUGAAACUGGCAACAUUUUAGCAGGUGCAUCUGAUGCGAUGGGAUCUGUGAAAGCGAAUCAUCAAAGUCAGAGUGAUAAGACUAUGGAUCCAGCUGCCUCUGAACUUGCUGGGAGGGGAGAUUUUAUGAGUUUUAGCAAGCCUAUGGAUGCUGGAUCUGAUGAGAUGUCUGGGCCUGCUAGGUCUCAUUGCGAGUCACAAUUGUUUAGCGAAGAGUACAAAGGAUCUUUUCUUGGAACCAAAGCUGCAACAUGUUCACAAGAUCCUAUUUUAGGUGUUGAAGGGAUGAUUGAUGGUGAUGUCCAUGAUGUUACUGAAUUAGGAUCUAACGCCGAUGGGCAAGGGAAUUACUUUUUGGAGGUUGAUCCAAUCCCCAUACCAGGACCACCAGGAUCCUUUUUACCUAGUCCUGGUCGUAUGAGCUCAGAAGACCUUCAUGGGAGUUCAUCAUUAACCAGCAGCAGAAUUCAAUCUUCUGCAGAUCAUCCCGAAUUCAUUGAUCAGGAUUCUUCUGGUUCGCCUACGUCUGCUGCAUCAACAGUUUCUAACUCAACUAUGGCUAGAACUGGCUCAAGAUAUUCGGGUAAUUUGUAUGUCAGUGGAAGGGAUUCAUCAGAAAUGCUCAAAUGCCACACUGGCUGGGAAGAUAAAAGGUCUAGCUUAUCUGGAAGCACUGUUGAUCUUCUGGUGGAAAAUUCAGUCGCACUACGUCCGACUGCAAAUACAGGAAAUGAUAAAGAUGGACUGGACAAAUUUGAUGCAAAUACGUUAUUUCCUGGAAAAGGAACUUCCAGAUUUACAAAUGAUAAGCCAUGUUGUUGUGUCAGGAAAGAAGGAGGAACAUCUCAAGGGUUUGCUGUGAAUCGUGAAGAGUCGCAGCUGUUACAGCGACGAGCCAUGGCCCUUUCCCCUUUUCCUGCGAGUGAGAAUCAAUUGAGCCGUGAUUCACUCACGAGAUCUAAUAAUAUCAUAUUGAAGAGCAACUCAUUUUCUCUAAGUGACUCGAGUUCAGGACCUGAAACAAAUCCCCCCACUAAAUCAUCGGCCACGGGACAUACUCAAUUUGGUGUUUCUGCUGAUUCUGAGUUCAAGCUCCCAACUCGUGAAUCCGAGUCUUUUAGUCCAUCUGCUUCUAAUCCAGUUCUCAGGCUGAUGGGGAAGGACUUAAUGGUCAUCAACAAAGAUGAAGAUUGCCCACUGAAAAGAUCAUCACACUCAAAUUCCAUGAAUGACCUGGCAAACACCAGACUUCGUAACGAGGAUCUCAACUCCUUCCAUCAGGUGGAUGUGCAUAAUCGGCAUGUCCCUCACUUCCCUCAAAGUGGUGAUCCAGUACAGCAUUUUGAUGUCAGAUUGUUAAAUGGUUUCAAAAGUCAAGACAGUUACUCAAGGCCACAAGUACAGCCAUCCCCUACAUCUCCAGUCUCGUUUUUGUGUAAGAGUAGUGGCAGUGGAUUGAUGGGUGCCCCCUUUGGCAGACAAGACUAUUUAGGUGGGGGAAAUUUACAUACUGCGAGAAAUGGACCAAACGAAACAUGUGAUAUGAAGAAGUUUGUAGCAACUCCCAUCUCUCAUUGGCAGAAUGCAACUUCAGUUGGGCCGAAUGCUGUCAGAGAAAUUAUUGUAAUUGAUGAUUCUCCGGAAAACGAGGCUAAUUCUCCAUACACCAUGAGCUCGGGGAAAAUGCAGAUUAGCUCAGGCUAUACCUCAAGGUUUGUGGAUCUCUAUGAAAAUAGACCGCGUGGUGAAACUGGAGCAGCUCAGAAUGCAAAUUUGCUUACUCAAGUGAACGAGCUUCCUGCCAAGACAUGGAAUGUCAACCCAGACGGUUGUAGUUUAGUUCAUCCAAGCUCUUUCUCAGCUUCCUCAUCACCUGCAGGUCCUUUUAGAUCAUCUUUAUAUUAUUCUACAGGUUUUUCAUAACCAAGAAAUCGCCUUUUACAUCUUGACUGACAAAAGAAAACGCGGCAAAGUUGAGCAGAUGAGUUUUUCUAGUUUGGGUUUUCGCUUUCAUAGCGUUUGAUGUUUACUCAAAACAGUACUGGAAGUUCCAUAGAUAUAUAUA